AUCUGGGGACCUGUGACAGGCGCCUCCCGGAAGACCCAAUGGAGUCGUCGGCAGAGGGUGCAAGCCGGGGCACAACGAGGCGGCGCAGCCCGCACCUGCGGGCGGCAGUAGAGAAGAAGGAGGAGCCGGCGGUGGAGAAGAAGGAGGAGCCGCCGCAGGAGACGAAGAAGAAGCAGUCGCGCUCACCGAAGAGGCUCGGGCGGAGUGUGGAAGAGAGCCAGAAUCCAGUCUUUCGAGAGGUGAUCAAUUUUAAGCCAACUCCCUUGCCAGUUAGAAACUAUGACAAAGUCACCACUGAACCUGUCAGCUUUUACUUAUCUUCACUGGAGGAGCUUCUGGCAUGGACCCCAGGUAGUGAUGAUGCCUUUAACAUUGCUAUGAUACCCCUAGCUGAACGCCAACCCCCACUUCAAAGCCAGAGGCCUCGGACUCUGUUAUGCCAUGACAUGAAGGGCGGUUAUUUAGGUGACAGGUUCAUUCAAGGAUCAAUGACAGAGUCUCCUUAUGUCUUCUACCACUGGCAAUGCAUUGACAUCUUUGUGUACUUCAGCCAUUACACAGUCACCAUCCCUCCAGUGGGCUGGACCAAUGCCGCCCACAAGCACGGGGUCUCUGUGCUGGGGACCUUCAUCACAGAGUGGACAGAAGGUGGGCGGCUCUGUGAGAAAUUCUUAUCUGGAGACCCAUCCUCUUACAAGAAGGUGGCGGAUCAGCUUGUCCGCAUUGCACAGUUUUUUCGCUUUGAUGGCUGGCUAAUCAACAUCGAGAACACACUGAGCAUGGCUGCAGUAGGGAAUACUCCUUCCUUCCUUCGAUACCUGACUGACCAAUUGCACCAACAAGUACCCGGUGGAUUGGUGAUUUGGUAUGACAGUGUAGUGAAGGAUGGGAAGCUACUGUGGCAAAAUGAAUUGAACGGAAAUAAUAGUGUGUUCUUUGAGUCCUGUGAUGGCAUCUUUACCAAUUACAACUGGAAUGAGGAUCACCUGAAGCGUAUGGCAUACUCUGGGGUGCGCAAGGAAGAUGUGUAUAUAGGAGUGGACAUAUUUGCCCGGGGAAAUGUCGUGGGAGGUGGAUUUGACACAAACAAGUCACUGGAUCUGAUUCGGAAGUACGGGCUCUCAGCCGCUCUCUUUGCUCCUGGCUGGGUGUACGAGUGUUUGGACAAUGAGAACUUCUUUCAGAACCAGGACAGGUUCUGGAGUUUGCUGGAGCAAUAUCUGCCCACUCACAGCAUUUGUUCCCUACCCUUUGUCACCUCAUUCUGUCUGGGCUUGGGAACACGGAGAUUCUCCUAUGGACAGGAGGAGACAAUAGGACCCUGGUACCACCUGAGUGCUCAGGAAAUCCAGCCUCUCUAUGGCAACCACAAACAAGAAAGUGAGUCUGGCAAGGUGAGGAUUCACAGCUGCUUGAUGGAUGCCUGGAAUGGAGGAAGCUCUGUGCUUGUUCAUGGGACGAUUCCUUCCAGCACAGCGAAGGUGUCUGUGAGGCUUUUUUCUCUGAAGGUCCCAGCACCACCAAAGAUUUAUCUGUCCCUGAUAUACAAACUGGAAGAGCGUCCUGAUAUCACUGUUGCAUUGGAACUGUCCACCCUGGAUGUUGGAAGAUGUAACAUUGGGGGCAUCUCAGCUUUACAUGCAGGGCCAAGCAAUAGGCAUACUCCCCGACCUCUCCACGUGCCCCCGGCCAGGCUGCUCAAGUGGGUUGGUAGAUGCAACCAGCAGUUCAACGGGGGCUGGAUCCAUCGCUGCUAUGAAGUGACUCUUCAGAACUGCUUUUUACAAGACAUCUUUGUUAGUUUCACACGCCCCUUGGGCAGCCAGGAGGAAGAAAACUUUAUUUGUCGUCUUGGAGAAAUCCAGGUAGUGGAUGCAAACAGCCUGAUGACACCUUUGUACCAGGUCCGGGACCUUACUGCCUCCCACACCUGCUGGCAUCGUAUCCACUCAGAUGUACACAGGUUUCAAACCAAGCUUCUUCUCAGCUGUACUCUCUACUGGUCCUACCUGCUACCCCAUGCCUCUGGCUUCCGCAUAUACCAUCAGGGAGGGAACUAUGCUCGUAGAAAGGAGGUACUGGACUCAGAAGAGCCCACGUUCUUGGGUCUGGCCCAUGCCAAUAUGUACCGUGUGGUGAACCUGGAAGUAGAAGAAGCCCCAGCUGGCCAGGACUACUUUGUGGAUUUCUUGGUGCAGCCUAUCCCCAAGGAAGGAUUCUUGGUUCCUGAUGUAGAGUGGGGCAGAUUGACCCUGCUCUACUCAAAACCCAGUGCCUAAGCAUUAAAGCAGAACUGUCUCAUUGGC